GAUCGGGGGGAGAGACGUGGAGGGCCUGAUUAGCAGCGUUAUAAACUCAGUUCUCUUACGUUGGUUGGCUCUAACGUUACGUAUCUGGUUGUUAAAUAGAGUUUAUCUCCGCUGCGAGGGAGUCUGGGCCUUUUGUUUCAGUUUAUUUUAGUUUCUGGAUCGAGGAUUAGCCGCUUCUGCGGUAGCGGAGACAGACACUGCGGUGGAGCUUGGUGACUGAGGUGAUGCUCUUCAGGACAAACUAGCUGGGCUUCUGCGCUACUGAGUGGUAUUCUCUAACGCAGUUUACGGAAAGUACUGAGGGUGAUAUGGAUCCUGCUGUUAAAAUCAGAUCCUCUAAAGACCAGAUCAUUCGGAAGGCAGACAGUGAAAAGGUUUUAAGUGAGGGACCGAAGAGGGUUCCUGUGGCACAGGUCUGCCACAAGCCAGUGCCUAUGCCGAGUCACACGCACAUUCUUGGUGCAUCACAAGGGCCACAGCGUGUGCAGCGGCCACGGAGUCAGCAUAAGCCAGCGGUCAGCGGGCCUCCUGUGAAAAAUGCUUCUAGUGGAAAUCAGAAUGUCAGCCCAGCUCAGGCUCAUCCUGCACCUCAGGCUCAGCCUAAACCUCAGCCACAGAGCCAGCCAAGACCCUGCGCCACCACUGAGCCAGUCAAAGCUGCUGAACCCAGCACACAGGAGAAGCCCAACCAAAAACCGGUCAGUGGAAUCACCAUUGCAUCCAGUGCUGGAAAGAAGCCUUGGAGCUUGGAGAACUUUGAUAUCGGCCGUGCACUGGGAAAGGGCAAGUUUGGGAGUGUGUACCUGGCCAGGGAGCGACAGACUAAGUUCAUCCUGGCCCUGAAAGUGCUGUUUAAAAAGCAGCUGGAGAAAGCUGGUGUGGAACACCAGCUGAGGCGAGAGGUGGAGAUCCAGUCUCAUCUCAGGCAUCCAAACAUCCUGCGUUUGUACGGCUACUUCCACGACUCGGCACGUGUGUAUCUCAUCCUGGAGUUUGCCCCCAAAGGGGAACUGUACGGAGAACUGCAGCGCUGCGGGACGUUUGACGACCAGCGCAGCGCCACUUACAUAAUGGAGCUGGCUGAUGCCCUGAACUAUUGCCACUCAAAGAAAGUGAUCCACAGGGACAUUAAACCUGAGAAUCUAUUGCUAGGGGCCAAUGGUGAGCUGAAGAUUGCUGACUUUGGAUGGUCGGUCCACACACCAUCCUCCAGGAGGUCGACGCUGUGCGGCACCCUGGACUACCUUCCUCCAGAGAUGAUAGAGGGGAAAACCCAUGAUGAGAAAGUAGAUCUCUGGAGUUUAGGAGUGCUCUGCUACGAGUUUCUGGUUGGACGUCCACCCUUUGAAACAAAGAGCCAUGAAGAAACCUACCGGAAGAUCUCUAGGGUUGAGUUCACCUAUCCGGCCCAUGUGAGUGAAGGGAGCAGAGAUUUGAUCAACAAGCUACUGAAACACAACCCCAUGCACAGGCUUCCCAUCCAGGGAGUACUGAGCCACUACUGGGUUGUGGAAUACUCCACCAAAAAGCCCACCACUUUGACACCAGCUCCUACGGCUGGACAGUGAGGAGGGUGCCGUUUGUUUGCCGCUUGUGAUUGCAGCUGCUGUGGAGAAACUGAAACUGUGGAUUAUUGCUGACUUUUGGCAGGAAUCCUGAGCCUGGCUGCCUUUUUUCUCUCCCCUCACAUGCUUUUGGGAAUACCAUCUGCGUUUGUCAUCUUCCUUCUUGUGCCAGUCUCGUCUUAGCGUUUCCCUCUCGUUUUGUAAAUAUUUAACUGUUCACAAUUAUGAAAUGUAAUAUUUUACCUGUUAUUACUUGAAACAAUAAACAUUAAGUAUCGUUGAAAUCGUUGACUACAAUCAGGGAGAUCAUUUCAACACUUUUGGCUACAAAAGUCUUAUGGUGUUUGCUCAGUUAAAUCUCUGCAAACUUAAUUGUAAUGGAAGUAAAUGGCAGGUUGGAGCCUUUUCAAAUAUUCAGUGUUCUUUCCCCAGAUAAGUGCAAUAUGUGAAUGUGGUCUGCUUGGGCCAGGUGCUUUUUGGGGUGUUGUGUGGUUUUUAUUAUUUGGCUUUAUGCAUCAAACUUUAUUGCCACUCUUAAUAAAAAGAAAAUGAUGC